AUGUCUUCCGGAAAGGCACCUACAGCUUUCCCCGACGCCGAGGCCAAGCUGGCCCAGCCCGCCAAGCAGUCCGCCUUCGAACGAUCGAGAGCUGAGGCAGAAGCGAAGCGCAAGCGCGACCAAGCCGAGACCGAAGCGGUGUACAAGGAGUUCGUAAAGUCAUUUGACCAUGACGACGAUGGCGGUCGACCGAGCCGCCCCGUGGCGCAACCAUCGCGACCUCGCUUUAGCGAACCGUCUGUUGGCUUUAACACAGGCAGGCGGCACUUUGCUGCGUCGGCGAUGAAGAAGAGCGGGCCGGGAACCUUGGGACCUGCCCCCGGAUUCGACAGUCGGCGUUCGUUCAACGACUACUCUCGCCCACCGAGGGAUACCGGCGCUUCGGUUGGCACUCAAGAGGUGCAUACUAACAGGCUGUCAGUAUCCGCCUUCAACAAUGCCAGCGACGAGGAAGACGAAAUCCAGAGGGACGCCGCGCAGAGAGCCGAAAUCAAGGCUGUCGCGAAGCCCCAACUUCGAAUGACGAACAUACCACCGGGCGUCUCCCCGGCAGCCAUCAGAGCUCUCCUGCCGGAUUUAAAGGUCGAGGCUAUCAAGAUCGAGUCCGCCUCUGGUGCCAGCAAUGGCCAGAGGAAAUAUGCAAGUGCCGUCAUCACCUUGUCGAGGGAGACCCCGGGAAGUGCAAUGGAUGCGGCCGUUGGCUCUCUCCAGAAUCGAUAUCUCGGUAACGGCAAUUAUCUAUCAGUUCAGCGGCACCUGUCCUCGGCGGUCCUAAAUCCCGCUGGUGCGUCAUCUGGUGCGUCCUCGACACCUCAGCCGUUUGGUGCCAAAGCUAUGGAGCAGAAUCUGGGCCCGCGUGGAAACAAUACAUACCAGAGCCGUCACCGUGGCUUCGCGCCUCCCUCGUCAUACGCACGACCUGGUACUGGCUUGGACAGAGUCGACCAGUUCUACGUGCCCGUGGCGGUCCCUGACGAUGUGAAGGUGCUUCGCCAGAUCCAUUCUGUUGUCGAACGUAUCAUCAAGCAUGGACCAGCGUACGAAACCCGACUGAUGGCACGACCGGACAUACAGCGAGACGAGAAAUGGUCGUGGCUGUGGGAUUCGAAAAGCACUGCGGGUGUAUAUUACCGCUGGCGGCUUUGGCAGCUCAACACGGCAUAUAAAUCCGACCCUCGGAACGAGCCUCACGUCCACGUCUGCGAUGACAACCCACCGUGGAAGGCCGCCGAGCAUAUGCCGUUCGAACGCGUCUCCGAAUUCAGCGAGAUCGCCUCCGAUCCGGACUACAACUCGUCGGAUGAGGAGGAGGAGUUGGAAGCUGGCAAUACGGCAAACAAUGGUGAAGUCGAGCGAUCUUUCUUGAGCCCAUUGGACCAGGCGAGGCUCACAUUUCUCCUGGGGCGCCUGCCGGACAGCCAUUCCAAACUUCGGAAAAGGGAUGUUGCCAGAGUGUCCGUUUUCGCGCUUUCCCACGCCGAUCGUGGCCCCGCAGAGAUCGUGGACAUGAUCGUGACUAACAUUGCGAGUCCCUUUGCUUUGACAUCUGCCAACCCUGAUUACGACCCGGCCGCGAAGCCAGCCACAGACGUCGUCAAAUCGGAUGAUGCGCCUGCCAGCGAAGCCGCUGACACCAGCGCGGCGAGCCUGGUAGGCUUGUACAUUGUCAGCGACAUCCUCGCCACAUCGGCCACGACAGUCUAUCGCCACACUUGGCGAUAUCGGGGGCUGUUUGAAAAGGCGCUUAAAGAACGACAAGUCUUUGAGUUUCUUGGAUCGAUGCCAGAGAAACAGGGCUGGGGCCGUCUCCGGGCUGAGAAGUGGAAACGCAGCAUCAAGCUGAUACUCAACUUGUGGGAGGGAUGGAGCGUAUUUUCGACAAAGAGUCAAGCAUACUUCACUUCUACGUUUGAGAACCCGCCUUCUCUUCAGAAGACUGAGGAUGAACCUCAGGAAGAGGCGGACAAGGGCAAGUGGAAAGCAGUGGGAGUGGCACCAGAGACUGCAAGCACCACGCAGCCUGAUGAGGCCCGGGCCGACGAUGUUGGAGGGGUGCCAAUUGGAGACGCAGACGUCAAAGGCGAGCCCAUCGACGAUGAAGAUGUUGCCGGCGUUCCGAUCGAGGACGAUGACGUCCAGGGAGAGCCAAUCGACGAUGACGACGUGGAGGGCGAACCUAUCGACGAAGACGACAUGGAUGUCGACACCGAUGGCGAUGCUGCGAUGGCCACGAGCCCGGACGAUUCGAAUGCUGCGCCGGGCACAGGACAGCGGACAGAGGAACAGACAGUACAGCGGGACGCUAGCACUGGCGCGGAUAGGCAACUCGGCAACCCAGACAGGUCCACCCGACCCGACUCCAAAGAUGAACGGAACGCGCCUCCCAGGAAGCGGAUGCGCGCAGUCGACAUGUUUGCUGAUUCGACUUGA